CUAUAAAUGUUUUUUCAUUUUAUUUUCCCUCCACCUUACUUUUUCAUGACUCUCUUCCUCAAAACAAUCCAACCAUUUUCCCUUCUCAAAUCAGACUUAGCCAACUGAAUCCAUGUUCUAGGAUUGAUUGGCUUCAUGUAAUUUUCUUCAUCAGUUGGGAUAGGUUCCUCUAAUGGAGUCAUGCGACUGCGUCGAGAGUCACUGGCCCGCUGAUGGAGUCCUGGUGAAAUAUCAAUACAUAUCCGAUUUCCUCAUCGCAAUUGCGUACUUCUCCAUUCCUCUUGAGCUCAUCUACUUUGUCCAGAAGUCUUCAUUCUUUCCAUACAGAUGGGUGCUGAUACAGUUUGGUGCUUUCAUCAUUCUCUGUGGAGCAACUCAUCUAAUCAAUCUCUGGACAUUCACUCUUCAUUCGAAAACCGUUGCACUUGUAAUGACCAUAGCAAAAGUUUCCACUGCUGCUGUGUCGUGUGUCACAGCACUGAUGCUCGUUCACAUCAUCCCCGAACUGCUCAGUGUCAAAACACGGGAGUCGUUUCUGAAAAACAAGGCCGAAGAGCUAGACAGAGAGAUGGGACUUAUCAUAAAGCAGGAAGAGACGAGUAGGCAUGUCCGGAUGCUAACUCACGAGAUCAGAAGCACACUCGAUAGACACACUAUUCUGAAAACUACUCUUGUUGAGCUUGGGAGGACCUUGGAUUUGGAAGAAUGUGCCCUGUGGAUGCCGUCUCAACGAGGAUUGAAUCUGCAGUUAUCCCACACUUUGACGAAUCUGAUACCGGUUGGAUCCACUGUGCCCACCAGUCUUCCAAUUGUCAACGAAAUCUUUAGUCGGGCUGAGGCAAUCCAUAUUCCACACACAUGCCCUUUGGCAAAUAUUAAGCCUGUCCGUGGUGGAUACAUGUCUCCUGAAUCUGUCGCGGUUCGUGUACCACUCUUGGACCUCUCGAACUUCCAUAUCAACAACUGCCCUCAGCUGUCGGCUAAAAGCUACGCUGUGAUGGUUCUUGUUCUUAGCGGAAUUAGGCAAUGGCGCGACCAUGAGCUUGAGCUUGUAGAAGUCGUCGUUGAUCAGGUGGCAGUAGCGCUCUCUCAUGCUGCGAUUCUGGAAGAAUCGAUGAGGUCUCACGAUCAGCUGGUGCAGCAGAACGUAGCUCUGGAUUUAGCUAGGCAAGAGGCAGAGCUGGCCAUCCGUGCUAGGAAUGACUUCCUUUCUGUAAUGAACCACGAAAUGAGAACACCAAUGCAUGCUAUCCUAUCUCUAUGUUCAGUGCUCUUAGAAGCGGAGCUAGGUCCAGACCAAAGGGUCAUGAUCGAGACCAUACUCAAGAGUGGCAACGUGCUAGAAACGCUCAUCAACGACGUCUUGGACCUUUCAAAACUGGAAGAUGGCAGCCUCCAUUUAGAAUCAGAGUUAUUCAAUCUUCAAGCAACUUUUGGAGAGGUUGUGGAGUUGAUAAGGCCCAUUGCAUCAGUGAAGAAAGUGUCCCUAACUUUGAAAGUGGGUCUUGACUUGCCUGUGUACGCUACCGGCGAUGAGAAACGGCUGAUGCAGAUCAUACUGAUCGUGGUUGGUAACGCCGUUAAGUUCACAAAGGAAGGCUAUAUCACCAUUGAGGCCUCCGUUGCAAAGCCGGAAAACAUCAGGGGCUCGCCACCUUCAACAGACAUCCAUUUUUACUUGAGAGUGCAGGUGAGAGAUUCUGGCUGUGGCAUCAGCCCAACUGACAUCCCACGUCUCUUCACCAAGUUUGCCGAUCCCCAAAACUCACCCACGCGGAACCGAUCCUGUACCGGUCUCGGCCUUCCAAUUUGCAAAAGGUUUGUGAACUUGAUGGGAGGCCAUAUGUGGGUUGAAAGCGAAGGGUUGGGGCACGGCAGCACUGUUACGUUCGUAGUCAGGCUCGGGAAAUACGAUAAAGCAAACAAAGCCGGCUGCAUUGUUACAACCAUAGACAACACAAUUCAGAAAGCUUUCAUCAACUACGACGCCAGAUUGGCCUCACAUUACGGGACAACAAGCCUUAUUUAGGAGAUUGUAUGACUUACGUGAUGUUAAAAAGUUAAAGAAAAAGUUGAUGUUGAAAUACAGUUGACAAGUCAUGUGGCAAAGAUCUUAAGGAAAGAUCUGUUAUGAAUUUAUACAUAAAGAUAUGUAAGUUGUUGGCUCCUCGAAUA